AUGGAGGCCUUUCGAAGUAGGGGUCCCCGCUGCUCGAAGUGUUCGAUACGAGCUAUUUCGAAGCUACCGAAUUCACGGGUUGCAAAGUGCAUUUCUUCUUAUUUCUGUGGAUUGAUUCAUAAGAGAGGUGGUCCAGAGGACAUUAACAGUUUCACUCUGGAUACCACGUUGCUCAUAUGUUCCCGCGGUGCCGUUGGCGGUUGCAGCACCCCCGGCAGUAGAGUGGAUCCCUGGUGGAAUCCUGGUCCCCUCUUCCCCUCGACACCUGGUCCGCCGAGGAUCGACGAGGGGCCACCGGAUAACGUCACUGGUAGCUUUCAGUUCUGCGUUCCUUCGGCGAGCCGGAACAGUUCGAGCGUACACCAUCAACAGAUUUCGCAACAACAAGAACAGCAACAGCAGCAACAACAGCAGCAGCAGCAACAGCAGCACCACCACCACCACCACCAGCACCACCAACACCAACAACAUCAAGUUAACAGAAGCGCCUGUUCGAGUUACGGUAUUGCCUCGGCAUCGGCCUCGGUGUGUUCCACCUCGGGCCUCGGUCAUACGCAGGACACGCGAGGACCUGAUGCCGUAGGCUCCAGCUCGAGCAUCACGUACGGCAUUAACUCCUCUUCACCGGAAGCCUCGUCCACGUCGAGAAGUAGUAACAACGGUAACUUGGUACUCUCGGCGCUUCUCGCACCGACAUCGGUGAUAGAGGGCGCCGAACGUUUGUCAAGCGGCGAGACCUCCUCGUCGGGAAGUCACGGGAACGUAAUCGGAUCCAUCAACACAACGACGAGCGUCACGACGGCCGAUUCGUUGAACGGCGUUUUCUCGCCGCUUAACGCGAGGAUCAAGACGGAGGAGACCUCGCGAGUUCGUUCGGAGGAGGCUAGUAACGCUUCCUUGUCAUCAGCCUCGGACUCGCUCUCAACUUUCUCGACAUCGACUUUUAACACGUCCUUGCUCAGCACCUUACUAUCAACCUCGCGUAUAUCCUCAUCACCUUGCAGAGGCGACAAUAACGAAGAGGAACUCUUGUCGAGAACUUGCCUCAAGUUAGAAGAAGAACAACAAUCGCGAGAACGAGAUCAAGAACUGGUUCGUAACAUCAAAGUCGAAUACACGUUAGCACGAUCUUCGCAAGAAACUUUGGAAACCGACGAGAACGAAGAUUUGACUACGACGUCGCCCUACGAUAUCGUCACCACCGAUCGGAACGUCUCGAAGCAAUCAAGAAUCUCAAGUGGAUCUAGCGUAAUCUCUCCCUCCGCAGAUAUUGUCAUCGAGAUGAAGUACGAAACGCAAUCGGGGCCUCCGACGGCACCGCCUCAUCUGACGUCGACCGGCGUCGAGCCACCUCACAGUAGCCAAGGAAGCGGAAUCAUCGUCGGUGGUUCGCCAGCCGAAGUGGUCGGUGUAGACAAUCUCCUUUUAUCGUCGUGGGGUGCUGCAGGACCGGACUUUCUCGAGCCACCGGAUGUUAAACAAACUGCAGCUGGCCUACACGACACGUGGGAUACACUACUUUUAGGAACGUCAGUUGGCGUCGCGUCCGCGCAAUCCUUAGCGGAACUCAAACCUUUACCACCGUUUACUGGAUACACCGGACAUCUUAGCAUCAACGGAAUACCUGGCCAUCAUUAUCACACGAUCGCCUCGUCGGCGCAAAGGCCGUCCUUACCUUCUUCCUCGCCGACACCAUCCUCCAAUCAGGAGUAUUACGAAUCGUCCGUUGUUUCUUCGAGUACACCGUGUCCUCAAGCCAGUCAGAAGCAACAACAGCAGCACCAACAAUCCCAACAACAACAACAGCAACAACCACAACAUCAUCAGCAACACCAACACCAGCACCAACAUCAACAUCAUCAACAUCAACAGCAACAACAGCAACAACAACAACAACAACAGCAGCAGCAACAGCAACAGCAGCAGCAGCAGCAGCAAUUACCCCAGUCAACGCAACAGGUCGAAUACGAUAUCGAGGACAUCGCGGAGAUCAUCGGGUCAGCGAUAGCGGACACGACCGUACCCGGUGGUGGGAACGGACCUAGUUCCGAGCACGAUCCCGACGCUUCCAGAGAUUGGAUAGAUAUCGCCGAGUGGAUAGAUACUGCCUGUUCGCCAAAGGCACAAGAAACCACUUCUCCAAGUCCCUAUUCACAAAUUUAUGCAACCGCGACGCCCUCGACGCAAGCUCAGCAGCAUGGUUCGACUCUUCAGAGUUUACUCACGCAUGGGUAUGCUCCGCUCCUGCAAGCCAGGUUACAAGCUGGCAAUGCUGGACUGCAAAACGCGUCUUGCGGCGAGACACCUUCAUCGACAAGUCCCUAUCCACCUGUCAGUCCACCCGGCAGAGUGUCGACGUCCUGCAGUCCUGAUCAUCUUCUUCAUUCAUCCUUCGCCGCUCCGUCGCAUCCGAGAAAGAGGUCACGACCUGGGCCAGGUUCUCAAAAUACUUCUAAAAAAAAUCUAGCUUCUGGCGCCACAGCGUUACCCUACGGUACGGAAUCGGGCCUGAUAGGUGGUAAAGAGAAACCCGUGCACAGGUGUUCGAUCUGUAAUCGUGGCUUCCUUAACAAGAGUAAUAUCAAGGUCCAUUUGAGGACGCACACGGGGGAGAAACCAUUCAGGUGCGAGGUUUGUGGCAAGGCCUUCAGACAAAAGGCACAUUUGAUAAAACACCAGCAAAUACAUAAAAGAAUUGGGAGGGAUUAGAGACGACGAGGAUUACUUCCGGGACUUUGGGAGUUGACGAUACGUUGUUGUUAAACAAAAGUACCUAUAUUUUUUCUGACGUACCUAUGAAUACCAAGUCGACGCUGAUCAGAUUUCUAUCGGAUAAGUACAAAUCGAUUCUAUCAACUCGAAUCUCAUCGAUUGGUCGUAUUAAUACCGGAUCGAUGAUACUGUGAUGGCGAUAUCCGAUAUCCGAAAGAUAAAAAAGACCAACGGAAAGACUGUUCCUUAUUUCUCUCGAGUUUUUGAAAUGGACUUAUGAAUUCGAUUUGAGAUCAAUCUAGAUGAAGGACUAAUGACAAAAAAAGAAAAAUCGUGAAUUUCCUCACGAAGGUAUAAAACCUUCGGUUUCAAAAGACUCGAAGGGGUUUGGACCGGAAAAUGUCAGACGAUCUCUGUUUUUCUCUUCUUCUCUGUCUCACUCUCUUUCUACCAUUCUUUCUUUGUCUUCUCUUUUGUCUGUUGGCGAAAAGACGCGAAGUGAGU